AUGGCGGCCACCGAAGAUUCCUCACCGGAAUUCAUAUUCCGGUCAAAACUCCCGGAAAUCUCCAUCCCCACCCACCUCCCCCUGCAUACAUAUCUUUUCGAAAAAGUCUCCGAAUUCACAAACCGUCCAUGUCUAAUCAACGCCACCACUGGCGAAACUUUCACCUACGGCGAAGUUCAUGAAACAUCUCGCCGAGUGGCCGCCGGCCUCCACAAGUUAGGCAUCAGAAAAGGCGACGUCAUCAUGCUCCUCCUCCAGAACACCCCACAGUUCGUUUUCGCCUUCCUCGGCGCAUCCUACCUGGGCGCCGCCGCCACUACGGCGAACCCAUUCUUCACGCCGGCGGAAAUCACAAAACAAGCGGCGUCAUCCAGCAUCAAGCUGAUCAUAACCCAAGCUGCGUUUGCAGAAAAAGUGAAAAAACUCUCUCAGGAAAACAAGGCGAUUAUUAAAGUAAUAUUCAUCGACGACGACGACGACGACGACCCUCCGCCAGACGGAGGUUAUCAUUUUUCGUCGUUGACUGAUGACGUGGCAAAAGAGGAGGAAAUGGAAAUGGGAGAUGCGAAAGUCAGCCCAGACGACGUCGUUGCGUUGCCUUAUUCAUCAGGGACCACCGGUCUUCCAAAAGGAGUUAUGCUGACUCAUAAAGGUUUAGUUGCCAUCGUGGCACAACAGGUGGACGGUGAAAAUCCACACUUCAAUAUCCAAAGCGACGACGUCGUUUUAUGCGUACUUCCUUUAUUUCACAUAUAUUCCCUAAACUCAAUCAUGAUGUGUUCCUUACGAGUGGGUGCUGCAAUUUUAAUCGUACAAAAAUUCGACGUUAAUUUACUUCUGGGAUUAAUUCCUAAAUAUAAAGUCACCAUUGCGCCAAUUGUGCCUCCUAUUGUACUCGCAAUUGUCAAGAGUCCGGCCGUGGACCAUUCCGACAUGUCGUCAUUACGUAUCGUCAUGUCGGGAGCCGCACCGUUGGGGAAGAAUCUUGAAGAUGCCUUUAGAACCAAGCUUCCCCAUGUCAUUCUCGGUCAGGGAUAUGGAAUGACGGAAUCGGGGUCAGCGAUGACAAUGUCGUUAGCGUUUGCAAAAGAGGGGUUCGAGAUAAAAUCAGGAGGUUGUGGGACGAUAAUGAGAAAUACAGAGAUGAAGAUUAUAAACCCUCAAACAGGAGCAUCUCUUCCUAGGAAUCAAGCUGGGGAGAUAUGUAUUAAAAGUCUUCAGAUAAUGAAAGGAUACCUCAACGAUGAAGAGGCGACGAAGGGCAUAAUCGAUAAAGACGGAUGGCUGCACACUGGCGACGUUGGUUUUGUCGACGACGACGACGAGGUCUUUAUCGUCGAUCGUCUCAAGGAACUGAUCAAAUAUAAAGGCUUCCAGGUCGCGCCGGCGGAGUUGGAAGCCCUGCUUAUAUCCCACGGCCACAUCGCCGACGCCGCGGUUAUACCUAUGAAAGAUGAAGUUGCUGGAGAGGUUCCGGUUGCGUUCAUUGCCCGAUCCGAUGGUACCAACAUUACUGAGGAUGAAAUUAAGCAAUACAUCUCCAAACAGGUUGUGUUUUAUAAGAGGAUUAAUCGUGUCUUCUUCGUGGAUUCCAUUCCUAAAAGUCCUUCUGGCAAAAUCUUGCGGAGACAACUUAGAGCUUUGCUCGCAGCCAGUAUUCCUAAUUAGACACCAAACCCUACAUCUCCCAAUAAUAAUCCAACUCUCUCUCUCUCUCUCUCAGAUGUGUGUAUGUAAAUUUAGAUAGAAGGAUCUUCUUUGUGGAUUAUGUUUAUGAAUGGAAGCCGUUCUCUAGUUAAAAAAAAAAAAAAAAAAAAAAAAGGAACAACUAGUUUUCAAACUAUAUAUAUGUACCCGACAGCUAGUUUAUGAAGAACUUUGAUCCAAGUUUUGAUUUUUGUUAACUGAGUAAGACAUAUGUUGUUGAUUAAGAGAUUAGAAAUUUUGUAUUAUUGAACUAUUUGGCAAUACACCCAUAUGUUAGUUCUAA